AUACCAAUGGUUAAACGAAGUUUACGCUAAUGAAUGGACAUAGUUGAUUAUGAGUUUAAUGGUCUAACAGAUUUGAAGAUGUAUAAAUUGCAUUGAGAGGUAGAAAGCUUCUCAAUUCACGACCUAAAAGAGUAAAUCGAUACUCUUUAAGGGAGUUGUAUUUCAAUAUAUAUAUGUAAAGUUUUUCUCUAUUAUAGAGAGGAAAAAAGAAAAAAGAGAGAAGAGAAAGAGAGCUGAGAGAUGGCUGCCAGGGUUACAUUUCUUGCACUGUUGUUAUGUCUAUCAACAACUGUGAUCAGGGCUGAAGACCCAUAUCUUUUCUUCACAUGGAAUGUCACUUAUGGCACCAUCUCUCCUCUUGGGGUUCCACAACAAGGCAUUCUCAUCAACAACGAAUUCCCUGGUCCAAACAUCAAUUCCACCACUAACAACAACAUUGUCAUCAACGUCUUCAACAAUCUUGAUGAGCCACUUCUAUUCUCAUGGAAUGGUAUUCAACACAGGAAGAAUUCAUGGCAAGAUGGUAUGCCCGGUACUAACUGCCCAAUCCAACCUGGUAAAAACUUCACCUACCAUUUCCAAGUCAAGGAUCAGAUUGGUAGUUACUUCUACUUCCCUAGCACCGCUUUCCACAAGGCUGCUGGUGGUUUUGGGGGUCUCCGUGUCAACAGUCGCCUACUUAUCCCCGUCCCCUUUGCUGAUCCUGAAGAUGACUACCAGGUGAUCAUUGGUGAUUGGUACACCAAGAGUCAUUCUACUCUUAGGAAGAUCUUGGAUGGUGGUCGAUCCAUCAACAGGCCCGAUGGUGUUUUGAUCAAUGGGAAAUCUGGAAAUGGUACCGAUGAACCCCUCUUCACCAUGAAGCCAGGGAAGACCUACAGGUACAGGAUUUGCAAUGUUGGUAUCAAGACCUCAUUGAAUUUCAGGAUUCAAGGACACAUGAUGAAGUUGGUUGAGAUGGAUGGUUCCCACGUUGUUCAGAACACCUACGACGCUCUUGACAUUCACGUCGGUCAAUGUCUCUCGGUGUUGGUGACUGCAGAUAAGACACCAAAAGACUACCACAUGGUUGCCUCAACCAGAUUCAUCAAGCAAGUCUUCACCACCACCGCUACUAUCCGAUAUGAAGGUUCCAACAUUCCUGCAUCUCCUGAGCUUCCCGAAGGACCCACAGGUAUUGUAUACUCGCUCAACCAGUUCCGCUCCUUCAGAUGGAACCUUACAGCUAGCGCUGCCCGUCCUAACCCACAAGGUUCAUACCAUUAUGGUGGCAUCAACAUCACCCGCACCAUUAAGAUCGUCAACUCUGCCUCAACCGUCGACGGUAAGCUUCGUUAUGGCAUCAAUGGUGUCUCACAUACAAACCCAGAAACCCCUCUCAAGCUUGCUGAAUACUACCAAGUACCAGAGAAGGUAUUCAAAUACGACACCAUAUCCGAUGAACCAACCCCAGAGAGUGCUGACAAGAUCACUGUUCAACCCAAUGUUGUUAAUGCAACUUUCCGUGAUUUCGUUGAAAUCGUAUUCGAGAACCACGAGAAAUCAAUCCAGUCAUGGCAUUUGGAUGGGUACUCAUUCUUUGCUGUCGCUAUUGAAGCUGGGAAAUGGACUCCAGAAAAGAGAAAGAACUACAACUUGCUCGAUGCUGUGAGCAGGCACACAAUUCAGGUUUACCCAGGUUGCUGGGCAGCCAUUAUGCUCACUUUCGAUAAUGCCGGUAUGUGGAACUUGAGGUCUAACCUAUGGGAAAGGUACUACUUGGGCCAACAAUUGUACGUCAGUGUUACCUCGCCAGCCAGAUCUCUCAGAGACGAAUACAACAUUCCUGACAACGCGGAGCUUUGCGGAAUUGUUAAGGACUUGCCCAAGCCACCUCCAUACACCAUCUAAGUUUUUGAAUUUUCGUAAAUCUUGUAAUAUCAUCUCUUCAACAACAUUGAGAAUGAAAGAAGAGAACGAAUGUUAAAUGAGAAGCUGAAUAUUUGAGAUAUGUAUGAACGAAAUUUUUGUUUUAUUUAUAUAGAAGGAAAAAAAAAUGAGAAACAGUUCUGGUGGUGUUGAUGAAGAUGAAAGUAUAAGCUAGAUCACAAGCUAUCAUCGGAACAUCUAAUAAAGUCAUAUCCAUGUACCAAUAUUUUCUAAAGGAUCAUCAACUUUUGUUUA